CAUUAUGUACGCCUCUCUUCUAGCGGCACUCAGUGUGCUGGCACUUGCAGUUGCCCGAACAGUCGUCACCGUCCCUGAACGCGUCUGUAUCGUCGAGCCUUGUGCAAAUGGUGGCGACUCUGCUCCAGCCAUCAUUGAAGCCUUUGAGAAAUGCGGCCACAACGAGGAACCUUCACGAGGAAAGGUCGUCUUCCGCAAUGAGACCUACAACAUCCAUAGUGUCAUGAACACUACUGGCCUGAAAAACGUCGAUGUAGAUCUGAACGGUUUGCUUCUCUGGGACACCAAUAUUCCUUACUGGCUCAAUCAUUCUCUUCCCGUUGGCUACCAGAAUCAAUCGUCUGCUUGGUUGUUUGGCGGAGAGAACAUCAACUGGGAUGGUCAUGGUCAUGCUACCCUUAAUGGCUCGGGACAAGUUUGGUAUACCUUUGUCAACGGAACCAACAACUACCCUGGCAGACCCCAUCAGAUUACUAUCACUGGAACCAAGAACAGCAACUUCUAUGGCACCCGGUUCGUGGAUUCGCAGAUGUGGACGAUGACGGUCAUUCAUAGCGAAAACGUUCUUCUCGAAGACAUCUACGUAAACAGCACCGGCAAUGAGCCCGUUGGCUUCGACUUCUCGAGUUUGAACACGGAUGGCGCGGACACUGUUUAUGCAAACAACAUCACCUUCCGUCGCUGGAAUGUCACAAACGGAGAUGACUCUAUCGCUUUGAAGGCCAACAGCACCAACAUCCUCAUAGAAGACUGCAACUUCUACACUGGACUCGGCGUUGCGAUUGGCAGUAUCGGCCAAUACAACAACACCUUUGAGAUCAUUGAGAACGUCACUGCUCGCGACAUUCGCUCCUACAACAUGAGAUAUGGCGCUUAUNGGACCGGUAUUGCCACUGGUUAUGCCCCUAACGGAGGCGGAGGCGGUCUAGGUUAUGCCGCCAACAUCACGUUCUCCGACUUCGUCUUACACAACAACACUGGAAUCUACGCAGUGACUCAGUGCACCUCUUAUAAUGGUGUUUCCGGUGGCUGUGACACUAGCAAGUUCAACCUUCGUGAUAUUCGUCUCCAAAACUGGACUGGAACUGCUGUCAGCGAUGUUGUCGGUGCUAUCCAGUGCUCAGCUGCAUCUCCUUGCACUGGACAAGAGAUUAUUGGUAUUGACAUUCUCGACACUGUCAACGGUACUGCUCCUAGCCAGUACUUGUGUGAUAAUGUGUCGUCUGUUGGCUUCAACUGCACUGGUCCAACAUGGGAGGAGAACAGCAGG